AUGGAUGUUGCGAUCGUCGUCCCGGCCGCCCCUCCGGUUCGUGCUGUGAGUGCUCGCCCCCGUAAGUCAGCGAGGAGGUCCCGAGCCAAGAUUGACCAAAUCAAAAAGAAACGAGGAAAGCCCGUUCGUCACCCUGUGACCCCCGUCAAGAAGAAGCCCGCGGCACCUGCUCCGUUCGUGCGGCCCCUGAUGGUAUUGAACUGA